AUGUCUCGAACCGGACCCCUCCGCGUCCUCGAGUCCACCCCCUUCCACCCCCCAACCGCCCGCCCCUCCCUAGACCCAACAAUGGACCUGGGCCUGUACAUCGGCAGGGGCGCCAUCUCAGCCCACGACCCCAACCUCCCCGCCAGCGUCGUGCCUAAAUACCGCCACUGGGCCCUGGUCACGCAUUGCGCUUUGACGGAAGAUUGCACCGUGUACACGGUCACUCUAACCCGCGCAUCCGACAACGCCAGCGAGAGCGCCAGCGAGAGCACCAGCACCAACAUCGCCACCCCCCUAAACACCACCUACAUCUACAAGUGCUGCACAUUCCCCGCGCGAACCCUCAAACAGACAAGCUCUCUCUUCGCCGACCUCGAGCAAAUCGGGUAUGUCUCCGAGAGCCCGGAGGUAGCCGAGAUCCUGGCGCGUGUGGAGUCGCGCCGGUGCUGCGAGUGGGUGCUUGCGGCGCUGCAGGCGUUGGAUGACGCACGGCUCGUGACCGAUUCCGUUGCUGGCGUUAUUGCGCUUAUGAUGUGUUUGCCUGAGGUGCGGAGGAGUAGGUUGGGGCUUGAGAUGCAGGAGAGGGCUUUCAGGUCGCUUGAAGCGGCGGCGCAGAGCCGAGUGCAGGGCCAGGCGCAGGCGCAGGCGCAGAACCAGGGACCGGGAACUGCGAGGUCGGAUUCGGGCUCGUCUGCGGGCGAGUUGGAGUCUGCCUUGGAGACUCUGCCUAUCUUGCCCCCUAUUCGGCCCGGCAGUUCUGCCUCGGAUACCGGGGCGGAUACCCCAGCCUUACCCGCCAUCAGUACCCUGGUAGAUCUUACGACGUGGAACUGUUCGGAGAGGGCCCCGGUUAUUGUGGCUAGGGAGGACCACACUCCGGCGACGGCGAGAGAGGUCAUGGAUGAGCUUUUUAAUAAGGAGCAUGCACCGACUCGCAGCCGCUUCUCCAGGUGCCUGCCAUGUCACUACCACAACCGGACAUGCGACCGUCAGCGACCGUGCUCCCACUGCGUCCGAGUACACCGUGACUGCGUUUUCGACGAUGAGAUUCAGUACUGCAGGUGUUUCUUGUGA